AUGGCGGAAGAGCAAGCGGUAGCUGUGGCGGUGACUAAGGAGGAGAGAUCGAUCGGCAGGGUGGUUCGAUUCAGCGACAAGAAGGGAUUUGGAUUUAUCAAACCUGAUGAUGGAGACAAAGAUCUAUUCGUUCAUCACUCCGCCAUCAAAUCUGAUGGUGGCUACCGUACUCUUUACGAAGACGACGUCGUUGAGUUCACUAUUUCACUGACCGACGACAAGUACCAAGCAGUUGACGUCACUGCACCCGGUGGUGGACCUAUCAAACGGCGCACAACCUCCUCCGGUGGAUUCAACCGCCGCAACAACAAUACCAACAGUGCUGGUUGUUUCAAUUGUGGAAAUCCUGGCCACAUAGCUAGGGAUUGCAACAAUAACAGUAGUAACAGUUACAAUUACAGUAAUAAUAAUAAUAACAAUCGCGGUGGUGUUGCUACCGAUUUUGGUUGCUAUAAGUGUGGGAGCAGUGGGCAUUUUGCUAGGGAGUGUCCGAAGGGGAAUAGUAAUGGGUGUUACAGCUGUGGAGGGUUUGGGCAUGUGGCAAGGGACUGUCCUGGUGGGAGUGGAGCUUGUUAUAACUGCGGUGGGUAUGGACAUUUGGCUCGGGAUUGCACAAGUGCGAGAGGAACUGGUGGUGGAAGGUUUGGCGGUGGUAAUAGUGGUGGAUGCUUUAAUUGUGGGAAGGAAGGGCACUUUGCUAGGGAUUGUCCUGAUCAGUCUUGA